GAUCGCCAGAGCCUGAACCUGAAUUGUUUUUUUUAAAUAUAAGUAUUGUUUUAUUGUCAUCUGCAAUUCCAACUAUUUAAACACUCUUCCUUAUUAAAAUUCUCUACACAUGAGUUCACAGAUUAUUAUAAUAUUAACAGUAAAACAUUCAGAGCUUUCAUUGGCGUGCCUUUCUGGAAGUUAAUAAUGCAAAUGAUUUUCCUCUGACGUUUUUAAGAUGACAAUAGACAGGUUGUAAUAAAGGUGCUGUCAUUCGUGUGACACCAACAAUGGCAAGGUACUUUUUUGAAGAUCAGGGACACGCUGCCCUAUAUCAGAAGUAUCGGCUUCCUUCACCCAAUGAAAUCCACACCCUCAUCCUCAACUACCUACAGACAAAGAAGGAGAAGCCAUUCACUCUCGCAGUGGAUGUUGGAUGUGGUUCUGGUCAAAGCACCAGAGGAUUGGCAUCUCACUUUGAAAAAGUGGUUGGAAUUGAUGUCAGUGAAGCUCAGAUUGAAGAGGCCAAGAGAAUGGAUGGACCUGAUAAUGUCUGUUACAGACAGGGUGUGGCAGAAGAGCUGGAGUUCAAGGAUGGUUCCGUUGACGUGGUAACCGUGGGAGCAGCAGCACAUUGGUUUGAUAUGGAGAAGUUCAUGAAGGAAGUUGACAGAGUUUUAAAACCCAAAGGCUGCCUGGCUCUGUACUGCUAUACAGUUCCCUGUAUAUUGAAUUACGAUGAUUGUCCCGAACCCCCAACCCAGAUUGUCCAAGAGUUGUUCCAAACAUUAGUGCCGUAUGAGACCAACGCAAAUAAAAUUGUGUGGAAUGAAUACAGGGACAUAUUUGAUGCUAUCACUUUCCCUGAUAAAGAGAGAGCUGAAGACAUUUAUAUCAGGCUGAAGAAACCACUUUUGUGGCUCGUUGGAUUUCUGAAUUCUUCGGUUUUAUAUCAAGCCUACCGAAAGGAAGAUCCAGAAAAUGCUGAAGUCUCAUUGGAGAAUACUAAGCAAAGGCUUCUGAAGGCCAUGGGAGUGUCCAGUGAUACUAUUGUGGAAUUCUGCAUCAAAUAUUAUUGCCUCUUGGCAAGUAAACCUGAGUGAUGUUCUCAGGUGUCCUUCCAGAACCGUUUGUAUGAUACAGCCUAGCUUCUGUCAGCGAACCUUGUGACUCUUCAAUGACAGGAUUUCAAUCCGAAAUGGGAUCCAGUUUUAAAACACAAUAAAUAGAUGGACUGCUGGAGUUGGAAGAUUGUUUAGCAGUAAUAAAU